UUAUCAAAACGAGUUCACUUGAAAAAUGUAUAAUAUUUCCAUCAGAAACCUGUUUCUCUAAUUGCAUUAAGAGUAGUUAAAAUUUCAAUUCUUCAGUUUCAGUUAUAGGUCUCGGUGUAUAAGUAAAAUGGCAGGCAUUGUUAAAGGUGUAGUAAUAGUUGGUGCAAAACGUACCGUUGUUGGCUCCUUUGGAGGCAGACUCAAGGAUCAAUCCGCAUGUGACUUACUAGUCACCUCAAACAAAGCAGCAAUGGUAGCAGCCAACGUGCAACCGGAAAUGAUCGAUACAGUGAAUGUGGGAAACGUUCUAACUUACUCGUCGGCCGACGGUAUCUUUUUGGCGCGACACGUUUCUAUUAAAUCCGGAAUACCCAUUGAGAAGCCAGCGCUUCAAGUUAAUCGUUUAUGUGGAUCUGGAUUUCAAGCGGUGAUCAAUGGAGUACAUGAUGUCUUGAACGGGUCUGCAAAGGUUUCAUUGACAGGUGGCACUGAAAAUAUGUCUCAAGCUCCAUUUAUAAUUCGGAACAUACGCUUUGGUACACAACUAGGGGUUAGUUAUCCAGCUGAAGAUUCGCUGUGGGUUGGAUUAACCGACACCUACUGUAAUCUAUCUAUGGCAAUGACUGCUGAAAAGCUAGGAUCGCAAUGUAACAUAAGUAAAGAGGACGCAAAUGAGUUCGCUUUAAGAUCACAAAUGAGUUGGAAAGCAGCAUACGAAAACGGAAGAUUUAAAGAAGAAUUGGUUCCCAUUGAGGUAAAAGGUAAAAAAGGGCCCGAGGUAAUUGCCAUUGAUGAACAUCCAAAACCGCAUACCACAAUGGAGGGAUUAAAAAAAUUGAAGGCUGUAUUUAAAGAGAAUGGUUUGGUUACGGCCGGAACAGCUUCGGGAAUCAACGACGGUGCAGGAACCAUAAUAGUAGCGAGUGAGAAGGCUGCAUCUGAAUACAACCUAAAACCUUUAGCAAGAAUUGUGGCAUACUCAACAGUCGGAGUUGAUCCCUCAAUUAUGGGGAUAGGACCGGUACCUGCAAUAGAAAAGGUUUUAAGUGUAUCUGGACUAACAAUGGAUCAAAUGGAUCUAAUUGAGAUUAACGAGGCCUUCGCCGCGCAGGCGCUGGCAUGCGCUCGUCUACUCAAAUUGGACAUGAAGAAGUUUAACGUGGACGGUGGAGGGGUCGCCUUAGGUCAUCCUUUAGCAGCGUCAGGCGCGAGAAUAACUGCUCAUCUGGUUUACGAGCUAAGGAGAAGAAAAUUGAGAUACGGAAUUGGUUCGGCGUGUAUCGGAGGUGGGCAGGGCAUUGCCUUGUUAAUUGAAGCACUGCAUUAGAUGCGUUCUAUCAUACCCGCUCUUUGAAAUGAUUUUGACAAAUGUUUACAACGAAUUUAUAAUAAAAAUCUAUACGAAAAA